CGUGCCCCCCCCAGCUGUCAGUGCAACGGCCACGCCGCCACCUGCAGCGCCGACGGCUCGGGCUGCCAGUGCCAAAACAACACCGAGAGCGCGGCCUGCGCCGGGGAGCGGCGGGACUGCUACCGCAACCAGUGCUCCAAGUGCCGCGAUUCCUUCCACGGCCACCCGGUCGGCGGCCGGCAGUGUUACCGCCUGCUGGCGGUGGAGCAGGAAUACUGCCUGGACCCCUCCCCGCACAACGCCUGCUUCCCACCCCCCCACGGCCGCCCUUUGGGGGCUUCCCGAACUUUAUUUUUCGGGGUCCAACCCAAAUUCACCAACGUCGACAUCCGGGUGACUUUGGACGUCACUUUCGGUUCCGUGGAUCUUUACGUGUCCACCUCUUACGAUACUUUUGUGGUGGACGUGGAGCCGGGCACCGGGAGGCACCUGGUGAGGGUCCGGGGGGUGGGAGGGGGUCAGGAGGGGGGGUCCGAUGGGGGUGGUGCCGGUUCGGUCCAUAAUGGUGGUGCCGGUGGUGGUUUGGAUGAUAACGGUGGAGUUGGUGGUGGUUCGGUGCAUAACGGGGGUGCUGGUGCUGGUUGGGACCAAAAUGGUGGUGAUGGUGCUGGUUGGGACCAUGAUGGUGGAGUUGGUGCUGGUUCGGUCCAUAAUGGUGGUGCUGGUGCUGGUUGGGACCAUAAUGGUGGAGUUGGUGCUGGUUUGGGUCAUGAUGGGGGAGUUGGUGGUGGUUCGGUCCAUAAUGGUGGUGCUGGUGGUGGUUCGGUCCAUAAUGGGGGUACUGGUGGUGCUGGUUCGGUCCAUAACGGUGGUGCUGGUGGUUCUGAUGGUGCUGGUGCUGGUUUGGACCAUAAUGGUGGAGUUGGUGCUGGUUCGGACCGUAACGGUGGUACUGGUGGUUCUGGUGGUGCUGGUUCUGACCAUAAUGGGGGUGGUGGUGCCGGUUCGGCCCGUAACGGUGGUGCUGAUGGUGGUGCUGGUGGUGGUUCUGGUUCGGCCCAUAACAGUGGAGGUGGUUCUGAUGGUGGCUGGGGGUCUCGGGAUGGGGGAGAAGCCAAUGGCGGAGCCGGGUCUGCCAGCGUUGGGUCACCAAAUGGUGGAGCUCCGAAUGUUGGGUCACCGAAUGGCAGAGCUCCUGGUUUUGGUGCCGGGUCUGCCAACGUUGGGUCACCAAGUGGUGGAUCUGCCCAUGGUGGGUCACCAAAUGGUGGAGCUCCGAAUGUUGGGUCACCAAAUGGUGGAUCUGGCAACGUUGGGUCAUCGAAGGGUGGAUCUUCCAGCUUUGGGUCAUCGAAUGGUGGAGCUCCAAAUGUUGGGUCACCAAAUGGUGAAUCUGCCAACGUUGGGUCACCAAAUGGUGGAUCUUCCAGCUUUGGGUCACCAAAUAUUGGAUCUGCCAACGUGGGGUCACCAAAUGGUGGAGCUCCGAAUGUUGGGUCACCGAAUGGUGGAUCUUCCAGCUUUGGGUCACCAAAUAUUGGAUCUGCCAAUGUUGGGUCACCAAAUGUUGGCUCUGCCAACGUUGGGUCACCAAAUGGUGGAUCUGCCCAUGGUGGGUCGCCAAGUGGUGGAGCUCCAAAUGUUGGGUCACCAAAUGGUGGAUCUGGCAACGUUGGAGGUGGAUCUCCAAACAUUGGAAGUGGAUCUGCCAACGUUGGGUCACCAAAUGGUGGAGCUCCCAAUUUUGGGGCUGGAUCUCCGAAUUUUGGAGCUGGAUCUCCGAAUUUUGGGGCUGGAUCUCCGAAUUUUGGGGCUGGAUCUCCCAGAUUUGGGGCUGGAUCUCCCAGUUUUGGGGCUGGGUCUCCCAACGUUGUGCCACCAAAAGUUGGAUUUGGGAGCGGAUCCCCCAGCGCCGCCCGUCCGACUGCUGCCGCUGAUUACCCCGAUGUUAAUUACCCCGAUAUUGAUUACCCCGACUAUCCUGGCACCGAUUACCCCGACACCGGCUCUCCUAAUGAUUAUAAUUACCCCGAGGCCGCUAAUUAUCCCGACGCCGAGGAGUUUCCUGAUGAGCUCCUCCUGCACCUCCACCUUCCCACCAUUCCCCCCCCGACCGUUGGAUCCUCCACCACCAAAUCUCCAAUUUUUGGUUCUUCCAUCACCGGAUCUCCGAAUUUUGGUUCUUCUUCCACCACCAAAUCUCCCAAUUUCGGUUCUUCCACCACCGGAUCUCCGAAUUUUGGUUCUUCUUCCAUCAAAUCUCCCAGUUUUGGUUCUUCUUCCAUCACCGGAUCUCCCGAUUCUGACUCUCCUGCCACCAGAUCUCCCAAUUUCGGUUCUUCUUCUUCCAUCAAAUUGCCCAAUUCUGACUCUUCCACCACCAAAUCGCCGAAUUUUGGCUCUUCCGUCACCAGAUCUCCCACUUUUGGUUCUUCUGCCACCAGAUCUCCCAGUUCUGGCUCUUCUUCCAUCAGAUCUCCCGACUUUGAUUCUUCCUCCACCAGAUCUCCCCAUUUUGGUUCUCCUUCCACCCCCAAAUCUCCCCAUUUCGCCUCUCCCACCACCAAAUCUCCCCAUUUCACCUCUCCCACCGCCACCCGCCCCGACGUCGCCUCCCUGGACCCCCAGCCCCCCAACAUCCACCCCCCAAUUACCGACCCCCCCACUACUGACCCUCCCAACGUCUACAAACCCAACGUUGACCAACCCAACGGUGACCAACCCAACGUUCACCCCCCCAAAUUUGACCAACCCGACUCCUGGGACCACCACCACCACCCCGACCUUCGUUCUCCGGACUACCAGACCCUCGACCUUCACCCCCCCAAAAUCAACCAGCCCCAAAUCUACCGACCCAACGAUGACCAACCCAACACCUACAGACCCAACGACGAACAACCCAACACUGACCCCCCCCUCAAAGACCAACCCAACAUCUACGGCCACCCCAACGAUGACCACCCCAACGUUGACCACCCCAACGAUGGCCAACCCAACAUUUAUGACCACCUCAACCAUGACCACCCCAAUAUUGAUCACCCCAACGAUGGCCAACCCAACAUCUACCAACCCUACAAUGCCCACCCCAACAUUUAUGACCACCUCAAUGAUCACCAACCCAGCAUCUACGACCACCCCAACAUCUACCACCCCAACGUUGACCAACCCAACACCUACAGACCCAACGAUGACCAACCCAACACUGCCCCCCCCCUCAAAGACCAACCCAACAUCUACGGCCACCCCAACGAUGACCACCCCAGUGUUGAACCCAACAUCUACCAACCCUACGAUGCCCACCCCAACAUUUAUGACCACCCCAACGAUGACCAACCCAACAUCUACGACCACCCCAACAUCUACAAUCACCCCAACGGUGGCCAACCCAACAUCUUCCACCCCAACGGUGACCAACCCAACACCUACAGACCCAACGUUGACCACCCCAACAUCUACCAACCCUACAAUGACCCCCCCAACAUCUACAACCAUCCCAACGACGACCAACCCAACGUUGACCACCCCAACACCUACGACCACCCCAACGAUCACCAACCCAAUGUUGACCACCCCAACGAUCACCAACCCAACGUUGACCACCCCAACAUCUACAACCACCCCAAUGGUGCCCAACCCAACGUUGACCACCCCAAAAUCUACGACCAACCCGACGUUGACCACCCCAACAUCUACCAACCCAACAUCUACCAACCCAACGUUGACCACCCCAACAUCUACGACCCCCCCAACGACGACCACCCCGACGUUGACCACCCCAACAUCUACGACCCCCCCAACGACGACCACCCCGACGUUGACCACCCCAAAAUCUACGACCAACCCUACGAUGACCCCCCCGACGUCUACGACCACCCCACCGCUGACUCCCCCGACCCCUGGCACCUCCGAUCUCCAGACCCCACCACCCCCUCCCCGCCCCCUUCCCCCACCCCCCCGGCCCCCUACCUUCGCGAGGAACGCGCUUCAGGCCUGGUCACCUACGUGACGGUGCGCGACCCGUGGCCGGCGCUGGUGAUCCGUGACAUCCGGGACCGCCUGGUUCUCACCUACCCCCACCAGCUUCACCCUCUGAAAUCCACCCGUUUCUACCUGGUGGUGUUGGCCGGUUCCGACGGCCCGGCUCAGGGAUUGCUGUUUUUCAGACAGGAUCAGGCCCACAUCGACCUCUUUGUCUUCUUCUCGGUUUUCUUCUCGUGUUUUUUCCUCUUCCUGGCUCUUUGCGUGUUGCUCUGGAAGGCCAAGCAGGGUUGGGACGCCAGGCGGCAGCAGCGCCGGCAUCUGCAGGAGAUGACACAAAUGGCUUCCCGGCCCUUCGCCACCGUCACCGUGGCCUUCGAGCGUGGGGUGUUGGUGGGACUGGUGGCGGUUGGGUUGGUGGGGCUGGGACUGGUGGGACUGGUGGGACUGGUGGGACUGGUGGGACUGGUGGUGGUUGGGUUGGUGGGACUGGGACUGGUGGGACUGGUGGGACUGGUGGGACUGGUGGGACUGGGACUGGUGGGACUGGUGGUGGUUGGGUUGGUGGGACUGGUGGUGAUGGUGGGAUGA